GAUAAAAAUUAACUCCUCAGUUCAUGAAAACUUCAUGAAAAAAUUGAAUUUGUGAAAAUGAGAAACAUAUAUAUUUUGGUGACAAUAUGUGUGGCGGCGAGCUCCAUAAAUUUCCCCUUGGAAUCAGGACGGAUUGGUAAUCGUAUGGUUGUUAUGGAUUCUACAGGAGCUCGUGUAAAACUUGCAUGUGUCAACUGGUAUGGAGCCCACAUGGAGGAUAUGGUAGUGAAUGGACUUGAUGCUCAAACUAUGGAUUUUAUUUCGGCUAAAAUAGCUGAACUUGGAUUUAAUUGCGUUCGUCUUCCGUUUGCCUUGGAUACCCUCUUCCUUAAUCCUGUAGUACCUGACAACAGGCUGGUUGCAAACCCAGAUCUUAUCGGGAAAACUGCAAUGGAGAUAUUUGAUAAAACUGUUGAGUCACUUACUGACCAUGGUCUUCUUAUUAUUCUAAACAAUCAUAUGAGCACUGCUAUGUGGUGUUGCUCCUCCUCUGAUGGUGAAGGAUUAUGGUUUACUGAUGAAUAUCCAACUGCUAUGUUUGAAGAAGGACUUCUUCAAAUAGUUUUAAGAUAUCUAGACAAUCCUCUUGUUGUUGGAAUGGAUCUAAGAAAUGAAUUACGACCAGCCAAUGGAGUUCUAGCUGCCUGGGGGAAUGGAGAUUUCAAUGAUUGGGCAGCAGAAGCUCAAGUGAUCGGGAACCGGAUCUUGGAGAUCAAUCCUGAUAUUCUCAUAUUUGUUGAAGGAAUCCUCUCCGCUGGAAACCUGAUCGGAGCUCUAACUAAGAAGGUUGAACUGACAAAUCCUAGCAAGCUGGUCUAUUCAGGGCAUAUUUAUCCUUUCAGUCCAAUCAUCUCUGAUCUUCCGUAUGAUUUAUUUAAAUUAACCAUGCACACAAUGCAGACUUUUGUAGCAGACGCAGGAUUCAACUACUCUGCUCCAUAUUGGAUGGGAGAGUUUGGUACAGGAAGCAACAGUGAGAAAUGGCAGCAUAUUGUACAAUUUCUUCAGGAAACUGAUCAUGACUGGGCCUACUGGAGUAUAGACGGAUACAAGUACCCAGGAGAAGAAGAAUCAUAUGGGAUACUGGAGUCAGAUUAUUCAACUAUUAGGCAUCCCUGGAAGUUAGAGCAGCUGCAGAGUAUUAUCCCAAUUCUAGGAGACCUAACCAAGAAAUAAAUUGAUCUAACUAUAAGAUAUAUUUGAGAUUUAAAGAUUUUUUAAAUUAUUCUUCAAAGUUUUUUAAAUUAUGGUAAAAAUUAUGCCUAUAAGCUAUUACGUAUAGAAUUAUAUUUUUUAUUCUUACUUGUUUAAAUAUAUCAAUUUUCCACCAACUUAAA